GACCACAGGCGCUCUUUCCCCCGCAGUCCCGCUGCCCCCCACCUCAGACACCACUUCCUCUUUUGUGCGAUUUCAUGGCGCUCGGAAGCGAGGCAGCAGCACAGAAGCACGGCCGCACGCACUCUUGUCUCCGCGCUCCAAACACUUCAAUCGGGGGUAUCAACUUGAGUGGGCAACCCUAACUUUGACAACAGACAUUUCUUUCCAGAAGUGAAGUUGAUCAAGAGGCUCUCAGAUCGGUUCUCCUGCGUUGGACAUCCAGUCUGCUUAGUCUAUGGCUCUGAUGGACAAACAUAAACAGGUCAAGCGGCAGAGGCUCGACCGCAUUUGUGAGGGUAUCCGACCCCCCAUUCUUAACGGGCCCAUGCAUCCACGGCCACUGGUGGCGCUUUUGGAUGGGCGCGACUGCACUGUUGAAAUGCCUAUCCUCAAAGAUGUCGCCACAGUGGCCUUCUGUGACGCCCAGUCCACACAAGAAAUUCACGAGAAGGUGCUGAAUGAGGCUGUUGCUGCCCUGCUUUAUCACACCAUCACUCUGUCCAGAGAUGACUUAGAGAAGUUUAAAGGCCUCCGAGUAAUUGUCAGAAUUGGAUCUGGUUUUGACAAUGUUGACAUCAAAGCAGCUGCUGAGCUUGGCAUUGCUGUCUGUAACGUUCCAGCAUCCUCAGUGGAGGAGACAGCCGACACCUCGCUAUGUUUGAUCCUCAACCUGUACAGGCGAGUCACCUGGAUGCACCAGGCUCUCAGGGAGGGAACCCGUGCCUCCAGUGUAGAACAGAUCCGAGAGGUGGCUGGUGGUGCUGCUCGCAUACGAGGAGAGACGCUGGGCAUCAUUGGUCUUGGGCGCGUUGGACAAGCAGUGGCUCUGCGGGCCAAAGCUUUUGGAUUUGGCGUCUUCUUCUAUGACCCCUAUUUGCCUGAUGGCGUGGAGCGCUCCCUGGGACUGCAACGCAUGACCACCCUCCAGGACCUGCUUAUCCACUCAGACUGUGUAUCCCUGCACUGCAGUCUCAACGAGCACAACCACCACCUCAUCAAUGACUUCACCAUCAAACAGAUGCGCCAGGGAGCUUUCCUGGUAAACACAUCAAGAGGCGGUCUGGUUGACGAGAAAGCACUGGCUCAGGCCCUGAAGGAGGGUCGAAUACGAGGGGCUGCUUUGGACGUUCAUGAGACCGAACCCUUCAGUUUUUCAACAGGCCCACUGAAGGAUGCCCCCAACCUGAUCUGUACUCCACAUACUUCCUGGUACAGCGAACAGGCCUCGGUAGAGGCUCGGGAGGAGGCAGCCAGGGAAGUGCGCCGUGCCAUCACUGGGCGUAUCCCAGACAGCCUGAAGAACUGUGUGAAUAAAGAGUAUCUGAUGGCGGCGUCUCAGUGGCCCAGCAUGGAGGCUGCGACCGUUCACCCAGAACUUAAUGGAGCAACCUACAGAUUUCCUCAAAGUCUGAUCAAUGUUGCCGCAGCAGGGGGUCUCCCAGGAGCCGGCUCAGGGGUUGAAAGCCUGGUUUCGGCAAACCUGGCUCACGGCAUCGCCCCGGUCUCUCACCCACCACACGCCCCCUCCCCGGGGCAGCCAACUAAGGCCGAAGCCGACAGAGACAUCCCCUCCGACCAAUAGCCUUUCUCCCCCGACCACCACCACACACACCAGCCCUAGCCCCUCCCCUUGCUGCCGCCAGCACAUUCCUGUCACCUCUGGAAAAACCGGGCUCCAUACCCAUGCUCCCAGCAUCACCCCCCCCCACUGUACCAAUACGCCCUGAUGCGGAUCCACAUGGAUCUCAUGUGACCAGCUCAGGACACACCCACUCACAUCCAUCCUCAUUUCAUCCUCCCUACCCGCCUCUCACACCCCAACGUCAGCAAUAACUUAGUUCUCAAGGAUUCGAUGAUCGGAGUGGUGUUUUUUCCAUAGUUGGCUGUAGUUUCAACGGAAAGUUGAUCAGUCGUGACUCUCGGUGUUAAUGUUUGUAAAGAAAAAAAAAACAUUUUUGACAUCAAGAUUUUCCAGUUGGUCGCAUCCUCUGACUGACCAGUAGAGGUGCUCAGGCAGAAAGUCACCCUUUUCUCCACGAAAGGCUCUUGUUACUGCUUUCUUCUUGUCUUUUUUUCCCCCCUUUUCUCCUCCCAUCCGACAUCUACAUCCAAUCACAAAAUGCCUCACCUAGAGCCCAGUUUGGCCCUCAGCGCUUUGAACUCUUCAGCUCGUUAUUUGUUACUCCCUGCUUCAGUAAUCAGUGAUUGAAUCCUCCGUCGCUACUCGUCCAUAGACCCGCCUCGCUUAUGGGCAUGAAUUUCUGUCUCAUGCCUAAAGCCACAGAGCCAAUAGGCAAUCGUGCAGCGUGGCCAGCAGAGGGCGCCGCCUGACUGCUCAAUUUCAGCCCAAUAGAACAACUGUAGAGUGCAGCAAUGACCACCCCAAAAGCGAUCAAACCAGGCAGACCAUCCCAACUCCCUCUCUCCCACUGCCAUGCCCCCCCCCCCCCCACCCACACACACAUGCUCAUCAACCCAGUAUGCAUUAUUCCUUUAAACGUGAGGCGACAGUAGAGUUUAGAUCCUCAGAAGGAGUCGGGGGGGACAUUAUUCUUGCAUGCUGGCUUUGUUAACAACAGUGGUGUCUGUGUGCGAGUGUGUGCGUGUGAAGGUGUGUUUGCAGGUGUGUGUCUGUGUGUCUUUUCACCCUGUUUAUAACCAGCGGAUUUUUUUCCCCAAAGGAAUAGUCCCUCGGAGUAACUCUUGAACGCUGUCCCUCCGGUGUCAAUGAAACACCUUUCUAGUACCUCAGUAACAGAUAUUGAAUGUACCGUGCAUACCCUUUUAUUUUUUGUACAGAUUUUCUAGAUUCUUCUUACUGUUCUUUACCAGAAGGGUUGUGAUAUUGUAGCAGUAAUAAGAUUUAAACAAAAAAAAACAAACAAAAAAAACCCCUCCCCCAUCAUGAAAUAAACAGACAAAUAGGUUGUCUCUCCAUAAGUUACUAAAUACUCAGGCUUCGAAACCAAUGCUUGUCUUUAUGCCUUCACCCCGCCUCCUUUCAUCCUCCGUCUUACUGGCUAAAGAUAAUUGGGGAAUAAGGAAAGGUGGCUCUUGCGCUCUGCUCUUUGACUAGAACAUCUAUAAAGGAGGCUUUUUUUUGUUGUUUGUUUUUGAGCCCCUUUUAUCAUUGCCCUGCUGCUCUGUUUGUAGUGCAUGUGCGAUUUGCUUUACACACAAAUAACCUUACAAAUUAGUGGCUGCUUUUCCCUCUGCUGAGUGCUCCCUUUUUUUUUUUUUAAGCCCCAGUUGACAUUUAUGUUGUGGUCAGUUUCCAGUAAAGUGCAGUUUUGCCCUUUUAUCCCCUGCAAUCCCACCCCUUCAGAGUCUAACAGUGACUUGGAGCAUGUGAUGCUUGGCUCCUCUUGUCAUGUGAUGAGUAUAUAUUUUUAAGAAUAACCCUUCGCCCUCCCGUUCCUCCUGCUUUCUCUCGCUUUCCUAUAGUUCCGUUAAUGGGUAAUCUUACAUUUUUUGCUGUUGAUGAUGAUUAUAUAUAUUUUUUUCAUUUCAGCCGUGCACUGUCAUGUAUACCAGUUAGUUUAAAUGUAGAUGUGGAUUUUUUUAAUGGAUAUAUGCUGUCUGUGUUCUACAUGUUGUACUUAAAAUAUAGAUAAGAGAUCACCCCCUACCCCGCUUCCGUCAGACCCCCAUGCCCCCCUCCCCCAGCCCCCAUGCCUUACUGUCCUCCCCCUGUAGCCGUUGUAGAAAGUCGCCAACGAACCACUCACUGCCUUAACACAGUUGACCACAACAGGUGACCAGUAGAAACCAACAAGCCAAAAAACACAACAAAACUCCACACUCCUACAGCAGGCUGAAUUCUACAAGUGAAAAGUAACAUAAUCAGUCGUUAAAAGAAGAUAGACUGGGAAAAAGUUGUCAUAUGAGGGGGAAAAAAGUACUUUUUUGAGAAGAUGACCCUGUAUUCUUGGAACAUUCGUUGUUAAAACACCUAGAAUAACAUCGCAACUUAACACAAAUUUUACUCGCAUAGUAUUUCAACUUUAUUCUCAGUACCAUUUUAUUUCCUUUUUUGCAGCCCAGCUCUGAAUAUCCCUUCAUAGAACAUCACCUUCGCAGCAAAUGUGACCCGGUGUCAACAGGUUUUAUUUUUGGAUCCAACCUAAAACACGCCACUUUGGCCCUGUUAAGUCGGGCCAGCAAGUGUUUGUUCACAUGCUAAGAAGAUAAGCACAGUGUUUGUGUGAGCGUGUGUGUGUGUGUGGUCACAAAGCUCCAGCUGAUAUUUCACUCUUGGGUGUGAAAAAAAUGCACCUCCCAACCACGCCACCCCUCCUGCUACUACUUCUUCUACUAGCGGGGGCUUACGAAGGGUCUUUCAGUCUGCUGACAGAGCCCCCAAAGGGCUGGAGUGGGGGGUUGGGUAUCACAACCGAUACUGGUGUCAUCUGUCAAAACGAAAAAAGAGAAUUGGUCACUUUUUCUCUCUCAGGGUUCAAAUGCACACACAUAUCCUUUAGCAGUUGUCCUCCCUCCGAAUGUGUUUUUAGAAGUCGCUAACCUCUUCUCUGGUUCCACAACUUUUGCAUCUCUUAAUUUCCCUUUGGCACUGACGUCUAACCAUCUAACAAGGAGUGAAUGAAUGAAUGUGUGUGUGUAAGUGUGACUCCGUGUGUGUGAUAAGAUUGGGAAAUGUAUUUUUACAACAUGUUUUUCCCCCUUUCUCCCUCUCACCCUCAUUUGUGAAUCAAUUUUCACCAGACUGCAAAAACAACAACAAAAAACACAAAAAAGGAAAAAAAAAAACAUCUCUGUAACUAGGCUCUUAAGCUUUAUUUUUUUUGUUUUGUUUACUUUUUUUUUAUUAGAAACAAUCAUGUUUGUGAUGGUAACUUCCAAUGGUAAACUCCACACCAUAUUUUAAUAAAAUCUUAAAAAUUAAA